AUGUCAAAAGUCGCCUCGUUGUCCUCCACUAGCACAGGAGCCCUGUCCUCCAAAACCACCAAGCGUUCGGGUAACGUCGCCACGCUCCUGGAGAAAUUGACUGCAAUUGACACUUACGGAAACGAGUUCGAGGCUCCAGACUACACCAUUAAGGACAUUUUGUCUGUCAUUCCUGCCGAGAGUUACGAGCGUCGUACUCUCGAGUCCAUGUACUAUGUUUUCCGUGACAUCGCUGCCAUGGUUUCCAUUGGAUGGGUUGCCAACACUUACAUUCCAGUAUUGCCCAACGCUGCACUUAGAUUCGCUGCUUGGACCACAUAUUCCAUCAUCCAGGGUCUUUUCGGUACUGGUAUCUGGGUUUUGGCCCACGAGUGUGGCCACUCUGCUUUCUCUGACUCCAGAAUCGUCAACGACACUGUUGGUUGGGUGUUGCACUCGUUCUGGCUCGUUCCAUACUUCUCCUGGAAGUUCUCUCACUCUAAGCACCACAAGGCUACUGGCCACAUGGACAGAGAUAUGGUUUUCGUUCCUAAGACCAGAGAUGAGUUCAUCAAGAACAGAGGUGCCUCUGUCAUUGAGGAGAUUGCCUCUGACUCUCCUAUCGUUUCCUUGUGGUCCUUGAUUACCCAACAAUUGUUCGGUUGGAUCAUGUACAUCUCUACUAACGUCACUGGUCAAAAGGUUGCCCCAACCGGUUGGGGCAUGAACCACUUCAACCCAGCUUCUGCCAUUUUCGAGAAGAACCAAUACUGGUACAUUGUUUUGUCCGACAUUGGUAUCCUUACCCAACUUUUCGUUUUGUACACUUGGUACCAAAACUACGGUGGUUUCAACCUCUUGGUUAACUGGUUCAUCCCAUACCUCGGUGUUAACCACUGGCUUGUGUUCAUUACCUUCUUGCAACACUCUGACCCUGAGAUGCCUCACUACGAAGCCGACCAAUGGAACUUCGCCAGAGGUGCCGCUGCCACCAUCGACAGAGAGUUUGGUUUCGUCGGAAAGCACAUCUUCCACGAUAUCAUCGAGACCCACGUCUUGCACCACUACUGCUCCAGAAUUCCUUUCUACAACGCUCGUCCUGCUUCUGAGGCCAUCAAGAAGGUCAUGGGUAAGCACUACCGUCACAGCGAUGAGAACAUGUUUGUUUCUUUGUGGAAGUCUGCCAGAUGGUGUCAGUUCGUUGAGGGUGACAACGGAUUGUUGAUGUACAGAAACGUCAAUGGCUUUGGUACUCCACCAAAGAAGUAA